AUGAACGGCAGUACUACGACGGUGAAUGGGAACGCCGUCAACGGUACUAACGGAGCCCUGAAUGGGAUAGGAUCGGCUCCGCGUACCGCUACCCUCGGGACACCUAACAGCUAUGCAUACACAUCCAGCGGUUCGUUGCUCGGGCGAGGUGGGUCAGCUAGGCCGGUGCCACCGCCCACAUUGCCGAAAUACAGUGGAUCGUUCAAUGCAGGAAGUUCUCUCACUGGAACUGGUCUACGAGAACGCGAUAGGGAAGGAACAGGUGGAUCUCACCGGCUGGCUAGCCUUGAGAGAUUGGCACUCCGCCAGCGUAUUAUAGAACAAAGUGCUAACAAUCAGGUGGCCAGCUUAGCGUCUAACAACAACGGGACCAACGGUGGACCUACCACCGCUACCGUCACCCUCACCGAUACAGCAACGUUACAGAGUAAGCGUGAGCUGUUCUUCAAAUCGGAUACGGUGAGCGGCGGCGGGGUGAGCGCUACAGGGUUGUCGACUGCAGCGCCGCCCGCUCCGCCGCUGGGUUCCUCAGCCCUCAAGGAGGCGCUCGCGAAGAGAUCCGCAACCCUGCCAGAUCCGCCGGAGAACAGUCAUCAUGAGGCCAACGGUACAGCCCCGGCUUCAAAACUCAGCAAUAGCGUGUCCGUGGAUACCGGCAAGAUAAACUCGAUGCCACCACAGAUGCCAGCACCACCCGUGCCUACCACCGCCCCACCACCAGUCUCCGCACCACUGAGAAGUACGGAGAAUAUCAUGAAGAAAUCUGACCACCCACCGGUCGCUCCAAAACCAGAUCUACCUAAGAUAGAAAAACCAAAAACCAAAGAAUUAGAUGGAUAUGUGGGGUUUGCGAAUCUACCCAACCAAGUCUAUAGGAAAGCUGUGAAAAAGGGUUUCGAAUUCACGUUAAUGGUUGUAGGCGAGACGGGAUUGGGCAAAUCAACGCUAAUCAACUCAUUAUUCCUAACGGAAGUUUACGACAAGGACAAGCAUCCGGGUCCAUCGCUACGAGUCAAGAAGACGGUCGGCGUUGAGACGAGCGUGGUCUUGUUGAAGGAGAACGGGGUCAAUUUGACCCUUACCAUAGUCGAUACACCCGGCUUUGGAGACGCGGUCGACAACAGCAAUUGCUGGCAACCGAUAAUCGAUUUCGUUGAAUCGAAGUACGAAGAAUUUCUGAAUGCGGAGUCUCGUGUUACCCGAAAGGCUGCUCCGGCCGACACGCGAGUGCAUUGCUGCCUUUUACUUCAUAGCGCCCAGCGGACACGGCCUCAAACCGCUAGACGUAGAGUUCAUGCAACGGCUCGGGGAUAA